AUGAAUUGGUCAGGAUAUUCCUUUGUCUCUUUUAUUUUUCCGUUGUUGAGUAUACUACUCAAAGGGUAAGUGGAGCCGUUGACUGAGAAAUCCUCAAAAUUCCAUCAAAAUAACUACAUCGUUUGCUCCAGGUACUAAGAAACUUAAACCACGGUAAGGAGUUAGGCAUUGUUAUACUUUUAUUCCUCAGAUCAUCCAAUGCUGAUUCAUUCCCGAGACCAGCGCCUGAAAAAGGACAAAAUGUUUGCUCCUUCCCGAAAGUAAAGUUGCAGAUGGCCCUGAGAAGAAAUGCAACCACCGAGAGGACGGUGAAAAUUGUUGAUUGCGGAAUUCCUUCCUUUCCCAAACUGAAUUGUAAAGAAGAAAAGUAGGUGAAAUUUCGCCUUCAGGUUAAGCGUAUAUCCUUUCCUAAUUAAUCAAAUCACACUUUUUGUUGACUAUAUACUUUUAUUGGCGGGGUAGGUUUUGAAACUGGUUAUUGACUGCCCUUUUUGAACAUUAGAAUAUUUAGUUGUAUUAAUUUUCUUGACUACGUAGUGAUACAACGACAUCUAAGGUUACAGUAUCUCUUCUUCAACCUUUGAUCAGCAAAACUCGACAUUAUCAACGGCGAAAAAUCUUCGUGUUAGUGACUUCUUUUUAUAGUUCUCCUUGUCUAUCUUAGCUGCGAUAUAUAUAUUCUUGAGUGUCGGGGCCUAAACUUUCUUUCCGGGUAUUUAGAAAUCCUUACUUAAAAAUCAGUGACUUGUGGGCAAAAAUCCUUUUUUAUUAUUAAAAAAAAGAAAUCAAAAUCUCAAGUUAUAUGAGCUAAAAUCGAGGACCAAACGUCACUUACUUAACUUUGUAGCGCGUUUGGCUGUACAGAUACGUGGCCACUUAAGUACGCAACGUCAUACCUAAGCACGCAUGCGCGAUAUUUGCAACUUUUCCUGAGACGAGAGGAUUUACUCUUGCUCUACUGUCUCUUGUAAUAUUGCUCGCUGUGAUAGAUUUUAAGCGUCCCCGCAAGUAGCGUGUCCCCCUAAGGUUUUCAAACUUUCCCAAGGUUUUGCUCGAAGUGCUUUCCAAUGGCCAAAACCAGUAUUCCCUCGAUAUAUUCCAAAAGACCUCGCUACUAUCGCACUUAAUUCAAAACCUCUAGAAGAGUUAUACUCCUCAACAGAGUCUCAAAGCUGAUGGCUCCGCAUGACCUGAGAUAGGAUUUCUCUCGCGAACUUGAAUUCACUAUUUAGGAAGACUCGUUCCAGGGUUCCUUGGAUUUUUUCUCUUUCUUCGUUUUGCGCACUGGAAAAGACUUUUCGGUCCUAAAAAAUCUCCUAACAUUUCACACCACUAAGAAAGGUACCACUUAAAACUAAAGAUCAUUUUUGAUUAUUUUUAGACAUUUGAAGCAGUUUGGGUUGUCCUAUUCAAGUGGCAAAACCGUUAUCAGAGUUUCUACCAGUUUAUGCCUUCCAACAUUUUGACCAAACCCAUAAUCUUUUAGGGUUAAACGUCAGAAACUGACAACUGGCUUUUUUACAGAGAACAUACACCAUUUAACGAUCUAACGAUCCAUCGAUCUAGCGAUCUAACGAGCUAGCGAUCCAACGACCUAACGAUCCAGGAUCUAGCGAUCUAACGAUAUAGCGAUCUAACGAUCCAUCAAUCUAGCGAUCUAGCGAUCUAGCGAUCUAGCGAUCUAGCGAUCUAACGCUCUAAGGAUCUAGCGAUCUAACAAUCUAGCGAUCCAUGGAUCUUGCGAGAUAACGAUCUAGCGAUCUAACGAUUAAUCAGUCCAUCGAUCCAGCGAUCUAACGAUCUAACGAUCCAACGAUCUAGCGAUGUAACGAUAUAGCGAUCGAACUAUCUAACGAUCUAACGAUCAAUCAGUCCAUCGAUCCAGCGAUCUAACGAUCUAAAGAUCCAUCGACCUAGCGAUCUAACGAUCCAUCGAUCUAGGGAUCUAGCGAUCUAACGAUCUAACGAUCUAACGAUCAAUCAGUCCAUCGAUCCAGCGAUCUAACGAUCUAAGGAUCCAUCGACCUAGCGAUUUAACGAUCGAUCGAUCUAGGGAUCUAGGGAUCUAACGAUCUAACGAUCUAGCGAUCUAACGAUCCAACGAUCUGGCGAUGUAACGAUAUAGCGGUCUAACAAUCUAACGAUCCAUCGAUCUAGCGAUCUAACGAUCAAUCAGUCCAUCGAUCCAGCGAUCUAACGAUCUAAGGAUCCAUCGACCUAGCGAUCUAACGAUCCAUCGAUCUAGGGAUCUAACGAGGUGGCGAUCUAACGAUCUAGGGAUCUAACGAUCUAACGAUCUAGCAAUCUAACGAUCUAAUAAUUCAUCGAUCUAGCGAUAUAACGAUCUAGCGUUCUUACAAUCUAGCGAUCCAUCGAUCUAGCGAUAAAACGAUCUAGCGAUAAAACAAUCAAUAAGUCCUUCGAUCCAGCGAUCUAACGAUCUAAGGAUACAUCGACCUAGCGAUAUAACGAUCCAUCGAUCUAGGGAUCUAACGAGGUG